AUGACCAAAUUCCACGACGAAGAAAUAUUUGAUUUGAUUCAGACGGCUUUGUUACUAUCUAUCGUUUAUUUUUCUUCUUUAAAUUUCACUUUCGUUCUUUGUUGCUUUCAUUUGUUUUUCUAUCUAUCUAUCUAUCUAUCUAUCUAUCUAUCUAUCUAUCUAUCUAUCUAUUAUCAGUGUGUUUAUUAUCUAUCUAUCUAUCUAUCUAUCUAUCUUUGUUCAUAUAUAUUUAUCUAUUCUCUGUGUAUAAUCUAUCUAUCUAUCUAUCUAUCUAUCUAUUAUCAGUUUGUUUAUUAUCUAUCUAUCUAUCUAUCUAUCUAUCUAUCUAUCUAUCUAUCUCAGUUUGUUCAUAUCUAUCUAUCUAUGUCUUUUUCCUUUUCUUUCCUUUCUUCUGAAAAUGAAACGAAUAAAUUUCCUAAUCCGGAGCCUGAUGAGUUGUUACAAAAAUUUACAGAAGAAAAACAAAAAGAAACACUUCAGUGUCUGUUCAGAAUGAAAGGGGGAGAAAUGCGCCUCAAAGCCGAACCUGUGUAUCAUCAUCACAAUCAUAAUCACCAUCGUUGUUAUUGUUAA